AUGAGACGGAAGCGGAAGGCCCCCGAGCGCCAGAACGGGGAGCCCAGCACUGCCGGGGCUGAGCUGGAGCUGCGCUGGGAGUGGGAGACCCCUGGUGACAGGUGGCAGCAGUUCUUGCCUGAGCAGAGCGAGAUCCUGAGCCAGGCAGCCCGGUGAGUUAGUGCAGGAAGCUGCUUAAUAUUGGGAGUCGGAUCACUGGGUCACUAGACAUUGACUGGCAGCAUCUCUCCAGGGGUUGAGGGUCUUUCCCCAACCCUAUCUGGAGAUGCUGGGGAUUGUGGCACUCCAGAUCAACCUUUCUCAACCUUGGAUCUCCAGAUGCUGCUGGACUACAACUCCCAUCAUCCCUGACCAGUAGCUAGGGAUGAUGGGAGUUGCAGUCCUACAACAUUUGGGAGGGGGCAGUGGUUGAGAAAGGCUGCUCUGGAUGCUAGAUGACAACUCCCAUCAUUCCUCACCUGGGAAGUUCCCUUAUACCAAGCCAGACCAUUGGUCCAUCUAAGUCAGUGUUGUUUUCAUUCACUGGCAGAAAGGGUCCCCCUCCCCCCAAAAAAUCUCUAUUUGGAGAUGCCAGGAAUUGAACCUGGGACUCUCAGCAUGUGAAGCAGCUGCUCUCCGAGCCAGGCCCCUUCACCACAUUGGUGCUCCCAUUGUUGACCCCCACACAUGGAGAAGGCAGGCCGAAUUGAGUCAGGGCGAUGACAUUGGAGGCGUCUGCAUUUCCUACAGAGCCGGGAAGCUCUCUGCGGACAUCGGGGAGUCCUGUGUGGACUUGCGCAAGAUGCUGCAACGGAAUAAACAGACGGGGCUGGAAUCGCGUGUGGCUGCAGCUGUGCGGGAUCAGGAUUCUUGUGAGCAAACUUUUAAUUUUCUUGCAUUUUCUUAGUGGAUCCCGCCAGCGGACCAAGAGUCUUUCCUUUCCCAUGGGCCAACUUUGACAGAUGAGCAAGCCCACACAUCUGCCAGUCGCCUGAUGUCCUUAUUGUCAGGAGCUGGUCCUACUCUCGAGUAGGACCUUGGCAGAGACACAUGCCUGACUGGCAUGUUCCCUCCAUCCUGGUCAAUCGUUCGGGAGCUUCAAAAGCUUUCUUCUGCCCAAACAUCACAGCGACCGAUGCCAACAGAUAUCUGCACACUUAGGGAUCUGCAGAGUCUUUGCAUCUUGCGUAACAGACCUCAGCAACUCAGCAUUUUGGCUAAUCUACUUUAUUUACAUAUAAACACACACAGUGCACUGCAACAUGGCUCCCUCUCUCUCUAGCAUCAGACAGCAAAGAGAAAAAACAAAGGACAAUAGUUCCACUUCAUGGAACACAGUAACACAAACAUCCUGUCAUUGUCACUUCCCACUUUGUGGAGUCAAAACAUACACCCUCAUGUGAUAGACAACAAUCCCAUGACUGCAAUCAUGGAGCAGGAAUUCUAACACUUAUGACAUCAGACAAAAUUUCAGAAGGGCCACAGUACGUGCCUUCAAAAGGAUUUGCUUUGAAGCCCAUUUGCAGUUUAAAUGCUGAAAGCUUCCAGGGGUCUGGUCUGAAGUCAUGCAGUGAUGCAACUGCUAUGAGGAAGCUGAGCAGGUCGGUCUGUCUGGUCAGUGCAUGGAUGAGAGAUAGCCUGGGAACCUCCAUGGAACCCAUCAUGAGUUCCUGGAAUAAAAUGCAAAGUGCUUUUCAUGGUGCUUUCCCUGGCUGCAGCAUCACCUACAGUGUCGCACUCCAAAUGCAAGACAGAUUUGCUGCUCAGUGCGGACAGGGGUGUGUCAGCAGGUUAAAUGCAGCCCAUGUUGGGUAGCAAAGCCUUGUUGGGCAGUGAGGGGACAUCACUGCAGGUUUUGGCCCUUAGCGCAGGGAUGGGGAACAUGUGGCCCUCCAGACCGUGUUGGACUACAAUGUCCAUCAUUCCUGACCUUGUUGCCUGGGGCUGAUGGGAGUUGGAGUCCAGCACCAUCAAAACCACCCCUAUUGUGCCCUUUGCCUUGAAGGCAAGUGUUCCUCUGGGCACAUGUUCAUUUACCCAUUUCUCCUCACUGAAGGAUUGCUAGAAAAUGCCUCCUAGUGCCUUAGGACUUGCUUCGCCAGGUUUUGACUGAGAAAUCUUCUCUCCUCCUGCUCUCUCCCUGCCACUGUGCUGGUCCAGAUUUUGUUUGGUGCUGGCAAGGAGACGAAGAAGGCAAGUGGCUUCCUUACCCUGUGGACACCUGCCUGGCUCUGCAGGCAGCCAGGAAUGGCCAUGGAGAACCCACAGUGGAAGUGAUGGUUGGGCGGACACGCUACAAGCUGGACACAGCCUGCAUGGUGCAGACCAACAGCCGGACUGGGUUUGAACGUCUGAUGGAAUGCAGGGAGUCAGGUACAAGGAUGUAGGGUUUUACGUUGGUGAUAAUACUUUGCAUUCUUCCAGUCCUCAUUGAGGCUUCAGAUUGGCGUUGCAAGAAAGGCCAGCAAGAAAGGUUGGGAAGCUCAGGCCUGUGGACCUAGCAUGCCUGUAGGACUCUCCCUGUGCUGCAGCCCUGCAUUGCACCCACCUUGAAUGUUUUUGCCAGGCCAAAAUAUUCCCUUCCCUUCCAAUAAUGCCUUUUCAUUGCACGGGUGCAAAAUGGAGAGGGGGCGGGGCUGAAAUGGCGAAAUUAACAGUGAAAUCAAGAGGACAUGUUGACGAAGUGUUUAAGGAAGAAUGGAAACAACUGAUGGAUUAUCCAUCAAAUUAUCACCCAUAUAUGAAGUCUCUGGUAGGAUUUGAAAAAUAAGCAGUGGAUUACUGAAAGAAUUAAUGGUAGCAGGGUUUAGACAACAACAAUAUAUGUGUUAUAAAACAGCUAAUAAAAAGAAGUAUUAAAAAAAAAAACAGGAAAGGAGGGGUGGGAAGUCAAGAGGAAACUGUUUAAAAAUGUAUAUGAUGAUAAAUGUUUUGAAAUAUUUUUGGAAACUUCAUAAAAAUGAUACGAAAAAAUGAGAGGGGUGUGUGGGAGAUAUAUAAAGGUAAAGGGACCCCUGACCAUUAGGUCCAGUUGUGGCCGGCUCUGGGGUUGCGGCGCUCAUCUCGCUUUACUGGCCGAGGGAGCCGGCGUACAGCUUCUGGGUCAUGUUGCCAGCAUGACUAAUCCGCUUAUGGCGAACCAGAGCAGCGCAUGGAAACGCCGUUUACCUUCCCGCCGGAGCGGUACCUAUUUAUCUACUUGCACUUUGACGUGCUUUUGAACUGCUAGGUUGGCAGGAGCAGGGACCGAGCAACGGGAGCUCACCCCGCCAUGGGGAUUCGAACUGCCGACCUUCUGAUCGGCAAGUCCUAGGCUCUGUGGUUUAACCCACAGCACCACCCGCAUCCCUGGGAGAUAUCUAGAUGGGGAUAUAUUUAUGCCAAGGUAGAACCAGUUCAUAGCCUCCCAAAAUCUCUCUUACACUUUUCAGAACCUGCAACCAGCAGGCCUGCUCCACCCUGGGCUUUUCUCUCUCUUUCAGACGCUGCAGAGACUGAGGACGGAGGAUCCCAGCCAAGCAAUAGCAUCUCAGGGACCGAAAGCCCCGUUCCUGCUAAGAAGGCCCGGGGCGGAGGGGAUACUGCAACAUCUCAAGGAGACACAGAUAACAAGGGUAACGGCCAAAUGGACAGGUCUUAGUGGAUCGGCCUGUCAGCCAAAUCCCCCAACAACUUGAGCCUAGCAGCUCAGACCUUGGGGAUAUAAGCAGGUGGUGAUUUAUAGCAUGAACUGAAGCACCUCUCCCAGGAGGCUGCUGGCUGUGUUUAUUGCCAGAACGUACUGCCUGCUUUUAAGCAGCUCGGGAUUAACACUCUCAGGAACUAGAACCGUGUAUAUUUUUAAAGAAAUGCCGAGGUUCUUUUUUUUUUUUUAAAGAAUAUUUAUUCCAGUUACAAAGUUACAAAAAAAGAAGAAAAAACAAACCAUACACAUGUUACAAAAAACAGACAAUAAAAAAGAAAAAAAGGGGGAAAAAAACCUCAACAAAGAAUAAACAUGCAUCACAAUAAAGAAUAACAAAAAUCAAAUUAGACCUUUACAACCUUUUUCCCUUUUACUUAUUUCCAUGACUUCCUCUCACCUCCCUGCUUUGUAUUCUAGUUUAGAUCGUAUCUCCAGCAAAUCCUUCUAACCUUCUUUUCUUUUACUUAUUUUAACAUUCUAAAAUAUUUAAUCCUUCUCUAUCCUCAUUUUACACUUCAUUUUUACUUAUUCCAUUAUGCCAUGUCUGCCAAUACGGCCUAAUAUAAAAUUUUCCAACCUUUUUCUAACAUUCUUUUAUAUUACAGUAUUUCUGAAGAUAUAUUUUAAAUUUUUUCCAGUCUUCUUCCAUCAACCCUGAAAUGCCGAGGUUCUUAAGAGGCUAGCUAGUAGCGUCAUAGAUGCCAAGUUUGUGAGGGAUCGGGGUGAAUUUAAUCAGCACAUCUGUGCUCCAACCCACCUCCUCCUUUCCCCCUGCAGAGGCCGUGAGGACGCUGCUAGUGAAGGGAAAAGCACCCGUGGAUCCAGAAUGCUCUGCCAAGCUGGGCAAUGUAAGGCACCUACUGGCAUGAAUGGAAAACCGUUGGCCUCUAGUUUGCUGAGACUACCAUUCCUGACCAUCGGCCUGUCAGUCUGUGGCAGAAGGGAUUUGGAGGCGAGCCACCACCUUGGCUAAGCCUCAUAAUAGCAGCCCCUCCUGACUGAAAACAUAUAAAACGCACGUUCAAAAACAGAAGGGAGGUGGUUUUUAAUUUACAGCGGUAGCUUGGUUCUCAAACUUAAUCCAUUCCGGCAGUCCGUUCCAAAACCAAAGCGUUCCAAAACCAAGGCACACUUUCCCAUAGAAAGUAAUGCAAAAUGGAUUAAUCUGUUCCAGACUUUUAAAAACAACCCCUAAAACAGCAAUUUAACAUGAAUUUUGCUGUCUAACAAGACCAUCGAUACCUAAAAUGAAAGCAAUAAACAAUGUACUGCAGUCACGCAAUCAAUCAAUCAGUAAUAAUAAUAACAAUAAUAAUAAUAAUAAUAAUACCACCUUUAUUGUCAUUGUACAACCUGCGUAGCUGAACUGGGUUCCACACAGUCAGAAUAACAAACAAAAAAGAGCCACAAAAAGGCAAAAUAAAUAGCAAAAACAUACAGACCUCAGCGUAACACUCAAAACGGAAGUGUGGCACUCAAAUCAGAAGCAUAACACUCAAACAGAGCAGGUUCAGCUUCCGGAAAAAAUUCGCAAACCAGAACACUUACUUCUGGGUUUGCAGUGUUUGAGUUCCAAGUUGUUUGAGUACCAAGAUGUUUGAGAACCAAGGUACCACUGUAUUGUACUACUCUUUGAGUAACAGGGAUGGGCCUUCCCUAUGGCCUUUCAGAUGUUCCAGACUACAAAUUCCCUCAUAUUGCCCCAGGGCCGUUGGCAGUUGGAGCCCAACAACAAGGUCAGUGGUGGGGGACGAUGACAAGUACCUGCAUUCUGAAGUAAAAGCUUACCAAGGACUUAAGAACAGGCAUGUUGGGCCACAACAGUUGGCUGGUCAAUCUAGCUUGGUAGCUCGAUGCCACUUGGCUAAAAAAAAAUUAAAAGGUUAGCCACCCCUGCUCAUGCUAUUUUCUAAUCAAUUUGCUCUGAAAAUAACCAUCUUUUUUCUUCUCUCUUUCCUGCUGCUCUUCCUUCCCAAACAAGGCUCACGUUUAUUGUGAGGGAGACGACGUUUACGAUGUGAUGUUGAAUCAGGUGAGUGGGCUUGUAGGCUACUUUUCACCUGCAUUUUAGUGGAUAGUUAAACUAGAUGCCUGUAUAGCGCAGGGUGAUGGAAGCAAACGGGGAGACUCAUGAUCAAAUCCCCACUUAGCCACAAACCUUGAGCCAAUCUCUCUGCCUAACCUACCAUUGCAGGGUUGGUGUGAAGAUUAAACAGUCCCGGGGAGGGGAGGUAUAUAUACUUUGCUUGGGAAGGGGGGGCAUCACUUGCUCACGAGGAGAUACUUUUCUCAAAUUGCACAACAGCCCAGAUCCGGAGCUUUGGGAGCUCUGGAGUUAUUUGAGACCAGAAAGUGGCUCCACCUCUUCCUCUGACAGCCGCAAGUGUUCUUCAGCAGAUUCCCAACUGAGGGUCCCUCAGCUGUGGCUCUAGGGGACCCUGCUUGCUCCUCAAGUUCCUCAAUCUGUAGAGUAUCUGGUUUGUUCUCCAAGGACCCCGUACCAGGUCAGGGCUAGGCAUGACUAUAACAUAUGCACCAGAUGAACUUUUCCAGGGAGGGGUAUUCAAUAAAUGUGCUGCUGCCGCCACUGAUCUGUUCUCACUGUCUUCCUUCUCCUUGGUUCCUCCCAGACAAACCUCCAGUUCAACAACAACAAAUACUACCUAAUCCAGUUGUUGGAGGAUGACAGAGCCCGGAACUACAGCGUCUGGAUGCGUUGGGGGCGUGGUGAGUCUGGACAGGGAACUUGGGGGCGAUCGUAUGACACAGUCACUGAGGCUGUAUAACAUUUGGAGUUGUAUCCAAAGUUAGUCAUACUCAGAGUAGCCCCAUGGAAAUCAAUAGACAUGGCUCGCCUACUUGCGUUGAUUUCAAAGGGUCUGCUCAAAGUUGAACCUCUGGUUGCUUAUGAUGGGUUGCAACAAGAUGGGAAAUCUCACUUUCAGGUCUUGUUUGUGAGCUUUGCCCCAGCAAUCUGGUUGACCACUAAUAGAGACAGAGCAUUGGAUUGGCGCCGUAUAGCAAAGCAGUUCUCAUCUGCUUCCCCCAUUCCAAAGUGUGUGGUUGUGGCUCUGUAGAAACCACCCCUUGGAGCCACGGCUCUUGGACUUUCUUCUCAGCUCCAGAAAGCAACACGUCGUCUCUUCCACUGUCCCACACUCUGCAAUGUUUUCCCCCCCUCUUAGCCUUCCCCCAUUCUCUCUUUCUCUCUUUCCUUCUCAGUUGGCAAGCUGGGUCAGCACUCACUUGUGAGUUGUGCUGGAGAUUUAGCUAAAGCCAAAGACAUCUUCACCAAAAAGUGAGUCACAUUGGGAAUUUUGGAGGUAUUUCCCCAUCCCAUCCAAUGCCUGCCCUCCUUGAACUGGUCUCACGUCUUCUUUCCACUACCUCUUUUAGGUUUUUGGACAAAACCAAGAAUGAGUGGACCAAGCGUUGCAGCUUCCAGAAGGUUCCGGGCAAAUAUGAUAUUCUCCACCUGGACUAUGAAGCCAAUGAUGCAGUGAGACUGCAGGGAGGGAGGGAAAGAGCAGGGAGGGGAGGUCUUGUGGCUGAAGGACGCUCUGCCUCAUAAUCUUUUGCUUUACAUUCUUUCCAGAAUGAGGAGAAAGCUGCCUCGCAGAAGACAGCCUCGUGCCCCAAGCCUGUGUCACAGCUGGACCCACGAGUUCAGGCCUUGGUGGAGCUGAUUUGCAGCAUCCGCACCAUGGAGGAAAUGGUGGUGGAGAUGAAGUAUGACACCAAGAAGGCUCCUCUAGGCAAGUGGCCCUAAUUUGUCACUUUUAUAUCUAACUUAGUUCAGGAGCUCUAAAGAGAGAAGAGCGGCAAAGAGGAAAUCUUUUAAUACAGAAAUCUGGAAACCACUAGAGGGGAGAGUGUUAUUGUGUUCAAAUCCAGCUUGCAGGUUUCCCACAGGCAUCUGGUUGACUACUGGGUAUUGGAUGGGCCAUUGGCCUGAUCCAGCAGGCUCUUGGAGAGCCAGUGUGGUGUAGUGGUUAAGAGCGGUAGUCUCGUAAUCUGGGGAACUGGGUUUGUGUCUCCGCUCCUCCACAUGCAGCUGCUGGGUGACCUUGGGCCAGUCACACUUCUUUGAAGUCUCUCAGCCCCACUCACCUCACAGAGUGUUUGUUGUGGGGGAGGAAGGGAAAGGAGAAUGUUAGCCGCUUUGAGACUCCUGAAGGGGAGUGAAAGGCGGGAUAUCAAAUCCAAACUCUUCUUCUUCUGCUUCUUCUUGUGUUCUUACAUUUGGAGUGAAAUCUGGAAACAAAUGACAAACUAUAUAAUAAAACCCUAAGGAUGUCGCCACGCUGCAGUUCUCAUGGCCGCCAGUAGACUUUUGCCCUUUCUUUCUCCUUCCCACACAAUAGUGGCAGCGGCAAAGUGUAAAGGGAGGGGUGAAUAGUUGUGGUUUGGGCAAAGGGGGUCAUGUAGGUGAGUGGCGUGUGCAGGGGUAGGAGAUGCUAGUAGCAGUUGUUUUAAUUCCACUGCUCUACACCAUUGGGAGGAUUGUUGCUUUCCAUUUAAUUUCAAAUGGGCUGCAUGCUUGGGCAAAUUAAGCAUAAAGCCCAGUAACUUUUGGGGGGCAGACAGAAACACCUUGGGCUGAGUUCCUUUCUCUCCCAUGUCCCCUCCAGGAAAGCUGACGGCUGAACAGAUCAGCGCAGGGUACCAAUCGCUGCGAAAGGUAGAAGCAUGUCUCAAGCGGAAGCAGACCGGCCGUGCCCUGGUGGAGGCCUGCAAUGAAUUCUACACGCGGAUUCCCCAUGAUUUCGGGUUAGUGCUGCCGGGCCAGGGGCAACCCUCCUUACCUUGGGCUCCCAGUGGCUCAGGGAUGGGACUCUGUUGUCUCUCUAUACUCAAAACUCCGUACAGCAUUGUACAUCUCCUCCCACAAAUAUUUGGUGCUUCUCAACCCACUUCCCAAGACAUUCGUGAUCAGGCAAUAUAUGCCUCCCCCCACCCACCUUCCUGCCACGGUGUGGAUGCAGAAGGACCAAUCGCCUCAUCCUCCAGGCUCUUUUCAUGUUGUCAACGACAACAGUCCUCUGCGUGCUUUACAUAGGCACAUAAGAAAAUAUUGAUCAAAUCAAGCAUUAGAAACUAGAAUAACGUGUACCAAAAUAUAGAUAAACUCAACAAUUUUAAACCAAGUAUAUAAACCAAGGGACGCGGGUGGUGCUGUCGGUUUAACCGCAGAGCCUAGGACUUGCCAAUCAGAAGGUCGGCGGUUUGAAUCCCCGUGACAGGGUGAGCUCCCGUUGCUCGGUCCCUGCUCCUGCCAACCUAGCAGUUUGAAAGCAUGAAGUGCAAGUAGAUAAAUAGGUACCGCUCCGGCGGGAAGGUAAACGGGGUUUCUGUGUGCUGCUCUGGUUCGCCAGAAGCGGCUUACUCAUGCUGGCCACAUGACCCGGAAGCUGUACGCCGUCUCCCUCGGCCAGUAAAGCGAGAUGAGCACCGCAACCCCAGAGUUGGUCACGACUGGACCUAAUGGUCAGGGGUCCCUUUGCCUUUACCUAUAUAUGGUAAAAUUCCCAGCGUGGAUAGGCAUUCCUUAAAGUUUGUAGCAGCUGUUGAAAACAUCAACAGUGAAGGUACCUGCCUAAUAUUUCAUAACAGGGGAGUUGCAGAGAGCAGUUGCUGCCGCAUGAAAGGACCAGUUCUUUGCAAGUGCAGAACAGUGUUUAUGGAGUGCAAAACCCAAUGCAUGUAUAUACCCCUCCCCGUCAUUUCUGCAACCUUUCCUGAAGUCUGUGUCCCCACCCCGAUCUCUUCUUGCAGACUGAGGACCCCUCCACUGAUCAGCACAGAAAAGGAGCUGCAAGAGAAGGCCCAACUGCUGGAGGUAAGAGCGCUCGAAUGCGAACACACAACUGAAGUGGGGGGAGUGAAUGGGAUGCCCCGAGUAUCUGGCCAGCAGAAUGCCAAGAUCAUGCUAGGAAAGGGAAUUUCAUUUUUUUUAAAAAAAAAAAAUUAGAGCAAAGAAGAGCAGCAAUAACAAAAUAACCCAUAAGAUAUAAUUAAGGCUAUGACAUAACAUAUUCUUUCUUUGUUCUUCAUUCUUCUUUAAUUUACUAAUAAUCUCAAUAAAAUUGUAAAUAUAUCUUUUUAAAGGAAAUUGAAUUUCCUCCCCAUGCAAAUUUGGAGCAAUAAGUGACUGGGCCUCAAGGCUCCAAACUCCCCUCAUUCCAGAUGGGGGGUGGGAGAAGGAACUGGUUGAGACUAUCCCAAUCAAUCAAUAAACAGACAGACAGAAGAUGCCCACCAUGGAUGGAUCAAUUUGGGUAGUGCUGGUGGUCCUGCUGUCCUGUGAAAACGCUCCUGCCACUCCCGCCUGCUUUUCUUUUGCCCCUCAAGGCUCUUGGCGAGAUCCGUGCUGCCAUUAAACUGGUGCGGUCAGAGCAGCUGGACAAGGAGCACCCGCUGGACCGGAACUAUCGCGGCCUCAGCUGUGAGAUUCGACCUUUGGAGAGGGAUAGCCCUGACUUCCCAGUAUGUGGGGGACAGGGACUGGGCCGGGGGGCGGGGGAGAGUCCCAGGAAAACUCUGCCCAUGCUUUAAAAAAAUUAAAAUAUUUGGGGAGUUGUUGCUUCUCCUCUGAUAGCUCCCUACUCCUUCUACUCCUUCCCAGGUCUUAGAGCGCUACCUGUUGUCCACUCACGCUCCCACGCACCAAGAUUACACCAUGACGCUGCUGGAGGCCUUUGUGCUGAACAAGGAGGGCUUUGAUCCAGACUCGACCUUCCGCUCCGACCUCCCCAACCGGUGAGUGGAAGGAGCCGGGGUGGGGGGAGAGAGAGAGACACCCCACUUGAGCCCGUUUUUAUUUAUUUAUUGCAUUUAUAUAGGCCACCUUUCCCCCAAGAAGCUCAAAAGUGUGGCCUACAUAUCCGUCCUGGAUAGCUCAGUCGGUUAGAGCAUGGUGUUGGUAACGCCAAGGUUGCAGGUUCGAUCCCCGUAUAGGACAGCUGCGUAUUCCUGCAUUGCAGGGGGUUGGACUUAAGAUGACCCUCAGGGUCCCUUCCAACUCUACAGUGCUAUGAUUCUCUUCUCACAACAACAACCCUGCGAGGUAUGUUAGCCUGAGAGUGAGCAACUGGCUCAAGGUCUUGCAGUGAGCUUCGUGACUCGAAUGGGGAUUGGAACCUGGCUCUCAUGAGUCAUAUCAUUCUAGAAUUGUAGAGUUGGAAGGGGACCCCCAAGGCUGAUCUAGUCCAACCCCCAGAAAUCCUAGCCCAGCACUGUAACCUCUAAUCCAGCCUUUCUCAACUUGUGGGUCCCCAGAUGUUGUUGAACUACAACUCCCAUCACCCCUAGCUAGCAAGGCCAGAGCUCAGGGAUGAUGGGAGUUGUAGUCCAACAACAUCUGGGGACCCACAGGUUGAGACACCAUGCUGGCUCUCAGCCUAGAGAUCCCCAUUGUGAUUUGUCUCUCUUCUGGGCUUCUUCCCCUUUCUCAGGACACUGCUGUGGCACGGAUCGCGCCUGGGCAACUGGGCAGGGAUAUUGAGUCGCGGGUUGCGGGUGGCCCCCCCGGAAGCCCCCGUCACUGGCUACAUGGUGAGUCUCCCCACUUUGUCCUCUGCUGAGCUCUUGGCCUGCUGCUCCUGGCUCACCUCAUGGCAGGGCUGACUUACUGACCUUCCUUUCGUUCCCUUCAAGUUUGGGAAAGGAAUCUACUUUGCUGACAUGUCCUCCAAGAGUGCAAACUACUGCUUUGCCACCCGCGAGAAAGACGUCGGCUUGCUGUUGCUGUCGGAGGUGAGAUCUGCAUCCCAUUUUGGGGGGAGGGGGCAAAGAGCGCCUGCACAUGUAGACUACAAUUCCCAUCAGCUCCGGGUUUUAUAUGUAACUGUGUGUUUUUGUAAUAUUUCAUUUUAAGUUGUCUGUUGUUUCUUCAGGGUUUUUUUUUUUUUGGUGUGCGCACUGCUUAGAGGUGUUUUAAUAGGAAGCAGUACCAAAACUAAGUAAUAAAAAAAAAAAUCACAAUUUAUAUGCACACAAAAAAUGGGAAUGAAGGGCAGAUGAAAUUAAUGGACUAUGCAGAAUUAGAUAAAAUGACAGGAAGGAUUCGAAACCUGCAGGAUCAGAGAUUCUCGGAGGACUGGAGUAAAUAUGUGAAUUAUUUGAAAAGCAAUUGUAAUCAGCAGAUUACGCUAGUAGGACUACAAAAAGUUUUGUAAGGAGGUCUAUGCGAAAUAUUGCAGAGAAAAGCAUGAAGAGAAUUAUUAGUGAAGGACUAUUAAAAAUAAUAGCGAAACUAAUGAAAUGCAGAUUAAGUGAUAAAGACUGAAAAAUCUUCAGAUGUGGUGGAUGGAAGUCCAAAACAUUGUAUAAGAUAAGAAAAUAUGUUGUAUGUUUUUUUGAAACUUUAUGUAAAAAUUAAUAAAAGAAAAAAGGGGAAUGAAGGGGACUGUUGUCCAAAAUAACUUACCCCAGCUCUAGCCUUCCCUGGAGUGUAAAUAAGUACAUAAAAGACUUGGGUUGGGGCAGCCCUGUGAUUCAAAUUUGCAGAGUAUAGGCCCAGUUUAGGCUGACUUUCGGAGGGGAAGAGAGACUUUGGCUGGCAGGACUCGUUGCUGAGUUGAGGAGUGACAGCGGGGUGUUAUGGGCUCUGUAGACGGUGGAUGGAUUGAACCCUCUGACUAGCCUUUAGCUUACUGGCAAGAACUGCUGGUUCAGUACAAAUUAGCCAUAGUGGUUAGAGCAUCUGACUAGGACCUGGGAGAGACCAGGAUUCAAAUUGCCACUUGGGCCGAGUCACUGCCUCUCGGCCUAACCUGCCUCACAGGGUUGUCGUGGGGAGUAAGUGAGAUGGGGGAGAACAAUGUCCCCCACUCUGAGCUCUUUGGGAUCCAAAUGCAAGAAUUGAUAACUAAUAUUAAAACAAGUGCCUCUGUGCAGUUAAGAUGGUAGUGAGCUGAGAUGGCACUACCUCAUACAUUGCUUACAGGCUAACUGGACAUAUUACAUUAAAAAACAACACCACCAUUUUAACAUUUAAAAAGCUCAAGGGAAAGGGGGAGAUGUGCCUGGGCCAGACCUGGGGCUCAACCUUGUAAAACCAGUAUCCCCACAACCCAUCACCACCACAUAUUCCUCCUUCCUCUGUUCGCUUCUCAGAUUAGAGGCCAUUUACAGGAGUUCCGCUACAGUGUUUUAAAUAUUCAAGUGAUGUAUGCAUGAGCUGGGGAUGAAGUUCUGUUCUCCUGCCUCUGUAGGUAGCUCUGGGCGAAUGCAACGAACUGUUGGAGGCAAACCCUGAAGCGGAGAAACUGCUGACCAGCAAACAUUGCACCAAAGGGCUUGGCAAGAUGGCGCCAUCCCCGGCCAACAGCAUGACACUGUGAGUUUGGAGUGGGUGGAGGAAGCCUACCUGGCUGAAAAUGCAAAGGCUGUCCUUAAGGCAGCAGAGAGAUUUGUGGACCAGGGCGUUUCCAUGCAUCUCUGAAUAAAUAAAAAAAUUCCUUCCGGUAGCACCUUAGAGACCAACUAAGUUUGCACAUGAAAGCUCAUACCAAUAACGAACUUAGUUGGUCUCUACGGCGCUACCAGAAGGAAUUUUUCUAUUUUGUUUUGACUACGGCAGCCCAACACGGCUACCUACCUGUAACUAGAUCUCUGAUUAAAAACACUCCUGGCGCAGGCAAGGCACAUGGGUGCUUGUGUGCAACAUGAAUUUCUAAACACUGUGUUCUCUUUUUCCUUCCCUGGCAGCCAUGGGGCACUGGUGCCCCUGGGCCCUGCUGCAGAAACCGGGGUGGUGAACCCCAACGGCUACACCCUGAACUACAACGAGUUCAUUGUCUACGACCCACGGCAGGUGCGCAUGAAGUACCUCCUCAAGGUGCGCUUCAAUUUCACCCAGCUCUGGUGA